AUGGCGGAUAAAACAUCACCGCCUAUCAGCCUUGAGUCAUGGCUCGAGCAAGUCGACGAAGAUCCAGAUAUCCCCCUGGAGUUCAAGAAUGGUGCACAAGCUCAGCUAAAGUUGUCCAGUACAUCAUUCAGCUCCGGCUCGGGGCUAAACUCGACAGAGAGCCUACAUCUGCGAGUCAUCUGGUCCAGGUACUUGCGGAUUGAGCAUCUCAGAAACCUGAUGAGGGACGAUCCCAAAACAGGGUACACAGGAUACGUUUCCGCUGAAAACCAUGUCACAGCAAGCCUGAUCUUCAAUGCCAAGAGAUCCCUGUGGCAGUCCUAUUUCAAGGAACUCGGAAUACGAAAAGCUGAAAUGGAGAAGUCUUUCGGAACACAAGCUGCUGAUGUUUCACACGGCCUUGCAGUACCAUCACAGCCCUUGGCGCCGCCGAGACAGUGUGGGAAUUUCUUGUUGGUACUUUAUUGGCAGCUUCUUUCGUUGGCAACAGACAAGAGGACCCCAACCGACGACGAACUUCGGAGGACAUCUUCCAUCAGCAAACCUGGACCCCAGCCCGAUCAUGAACCGACUGCACUUCUCACUCCCUCUGCUUUCAAUCGACUAGUGACGCCACACAAGACUAUACUUCAUGGUCAAACGGAACAAGGCACACCCACACCUGGUUUCCAAAACACACCACAAGCGUCCUCUUACCACCCAGCUAGAGGUGGGAAGUUUAACGAACCAGCCACUGACGAGUAUUAUGUCAACACGGCACUUCUAGAGCUCCUCCACAGUAUCAAAUUGGACGUCGGGACUGACUUCAGCAGCCUGGAUUGGCUUGCAAAACGUCUGCCCCUGAAACUGAGGGAGGUGGUUCCUACGAAGAAUCCCGAAACGGGAGAGAUUGACGUGCUGAUGCGAGAGCUCAUGGAAGCUCGUUUGGAUGGUUACCUUUGCCGAAGGUCCAGCCCUUUCGAGAAGGGGCUCAACACCGAGCCACUUGCCAUCUUGGAGGCGAAACCGCACACACGCUUAAGUGCUCUAGCCUCCAUCAGGCGCCAAGAGGGUGCGGAAAUGGCUUGCUGGAUUUCACAAGCUGGUAAUUCGAAGACAGGACUUCUGCAAUCAUCCACGAGUGGGAGAAAUCGACGUCUGAUGAUCAGCCAAGAUCGCCAUGAAAUUUACCUCAUCGUGGCUGAGUACGGAGCUGGGUACGAAGAGUAUAUUCGUCCAUCAAGCUCUUCUGUACGAGAGUCAAUCAAAUCUCAGCGAAAACUUCACCAAACGGGUAGCUCCACCACGGGAAAUUAUGCACAAAAAGACAGCCUCUCCGCGGGCAUUGACUCAACACCGACUCGACGCGAUCCCAGCCUUCUUGCGGGUUCCCCUUCGUAUAUCGGACGAGUGGAGAGAAAGUCGAUAGGGGUGGCAGCCGGACCCAGGAGUCGCCAGACACAACCGACGCAAGCAGCGCCUGCAGAGAUGAAUUCAUCGCGCACAGACGAGGAAUGGGUUCCGCACGCUGGCGACUUCCUCAUCAUGCACGAAUUCGGACCCUUCAUCACUACAGAUCCUAUCCACAUGGAGAUACUCAUCAAGCGGCUCAUCGCUUUCAUGCUGCAGUUGAGGGGCCCCCAGGACCGCUUCGUCCCUGAGCGACCCGGCCCGGAAUUUCUUGCCCAGCCUGGCCAUGCUGGACCGUCGACGCCCAACGCGACAUCAUCAAGUCCUAGACGGACUCUCCGGAAAUCACGCUCCUGGCCAGGCGAGGUUGAGAAAUCGGUAGCAGACGGGGUGGUGAGCUCUGCGAAGGCUAAGUGGGAGGGCUAG